CGCAGGCUGGAACCGAAGCCGAGGCAGGAGCGUGCGUCAUUUACGGUUGCUUAUCUUAUCACGCUGGCACUUACCGGUGGAUCGGAUCUCGUGACACCACCAGAUAUUGGCCCGCCUAGCAAAUCUUGGUGCUUUUGGCUCUGCUGCGCCAUUUGUUGUUUCCCAGACCUGACAAAUUGGUCUUCUUCCUACGCCGCAUAUAUCGUAUCGUCUCUUCGUUCCAUUGGCGGUCUAAAUAUCGCAGCGCACAAUGGCCUCCUCCGCCCCUCCCGCAUCGACGAGCCCCUCCCCACAGAGAAAGUCGUUCAACAUUGGUACUCGCAAGUCGACGCUCGCCCUUGCCCAGACGGAUCUGGUCAUUGAGGCUUUGAAGACGAGAUAUGCCGAUUGUGAAUUCAGCGUCAAAUCAAAGGAUACCGCCGGCGAUCGAGACAAGUUGACUGCGUUGAAGGAUCUCACUUCAAAAAAUCUUUGGACCGAGGAAUUAGAACAGCUACUCAUUGCUGGUCAUCUGGAUGUCAUCGUGCACGCGCUGAAAGAUGUGCCUACAUUACUCCCGUCUACGUGUACAUUAGGAGGUGUUCUAGUUCGCGAAGACCCCCGGGAUGUACUCGUUGUAAAGCCCGGUCUACCUUACAAGUCAAUUGCUGAGCUUCCCGCCGGCUCUGUUAUUGGAACAUCGUCAAUCCGUCGCACAGCUCAGCUAGCCUUGAGGUAUCCGCAUCUGAAAGUCGAAAGUGUCCGUGGAAAUAUCGAAACACGUUUGGCGAAACUCGAUGCAGAAGAUGGCCCGUUUCAGAGUAUUAUAUUAGGUGCAGCUGGUUUACUCCGAAUUGGCCUGGGGGACCGGAUUACGCAAUACCUCGAUUCAAAGAGUGCUGGUUUUCUAUAUGCAGUUGGUCAAGGUGCAAUCGGCCUAGAGAUCCGCUCCGAUGACGAGACUGUCCUUGAAAUGAUAAACCAGGCGGGACACAAGGAGACAUUUUUGGAAGUCCUAGCAGAACGCAGCUUGCUCAGGGCUCUCGAAGGUGGAUGCAGUGCACCGCUCGGUGUAGAAUCAGAGUGGAUCAAGAACUCCGAUGCGACCACAAAAUUUCGUAUGCGGUCUAUCGUCGUUAGCAUUGAUGGCAAGCAAGCAUCACAAGUGGAAGUCGAUGGCACUGUCGACAGUCCUGCUACUGCUGAAGCAUUUGGGUUGGAAGUGGCGAAAGAACUGGUGGCCAAAGGGGCUGGGGCGAUUCUCGACGAUAUCAAACAAAACAAGGCAACGUCAUGAUAUCUAUAAAAUUCUUAAGUUUUUAAGCAUUGUUCACGGCGGAAAAAGGUCUAAUAUCCGGACGCACUGGUCAUCUCCCAGGCUUGAUGGCUCUCAACCAACCGACAUAUAGAUGUGCAAACACCCAGCUACAUAUUUUCUACCAUCACAUGUCUUGAUUAAGUUUAUGUUUAUUGGCAGAUACUAAUCGCACAGUAGCGCGAGCUGCUUUCGAUGUUGAGGAUUUCACCUCGGAUAAACCGAUAUGAAAGUCUCGUAGUAGGAUGAAAUCAGCAGAUGAUCCUGUCAUAUGAUCCAAAAUGGCUGUUCUUUAUCUGAUUAGGCUC